GAUGGCAUGACCCCCACCCUGUGGGCCGCCUACCAUGGCAACCUGGACGCCCUGCGCCUCAUUGUCAGCAGAGGGAGCACAUGUCAGUAUUCAUUCUGCAUAGCUUUGCUGAACAUCUCAUCUGAAGGCAUCCGUCAGCUCCCAGGAUGGCACUUCUCUGCUUGCACCCACGCUGGGCUGUUUGCUCUCUUGUAUGUGAUCAGCCACAUCUCCGCUGUUCCUGUUUUGGGCUCAGCAUCUCCUGAUGCUUUGGUCCACUUCGGCCCAAGGGCUGCGUUCACAGGCAGAGCUCUAUCACACUCUACAGCCCUUCCAUUAUAAAGCAUUUUCUCUUUGAAUUCGGAGCCAGAAGGGCUGUGCACAUCCAUUUUGAGAAGUCCUUUGGUACCCGUCGCAACAGAGGAAAGCUCAGGAUGGAAUGUCCAUUGGGGAGAGGGCAAUGCCGUGCUCUGAGCACAGAACCCAGCAGGGGAUGCCCUGGGCUACCUCUAGGCUGGGCACAUACUGCUGCUGGAAAGGAUUCUGAAGAUGCUCUGACAGCCAGGAGCCUUGCUGGAGGAUGGGUCCAAAGCCUGCUUGGUGCUGACCCACAUAUCAGUGCCCUCCACCAAACUCAAGGCUUACAGUUCUGCACGGGAGCCUCUUUUAUAAAUUCACAUUAAAUUGAAUCCUGCUGGAUGUGUCUGAGUGCAGCUUGGCUGCUGUUUAAUUAAUGGUCUAAUAUACAUUUGCUGCUGACAGGGAAAAUAGCACAGCGGAGGGAUGGUGCCCUUUAGGUGAUGGAUGGCAGGGCAAAGCAGGCAUCCUUCUCUGCAUGCCCAGCACUACGCACAGAGCAGCAAAACCUCCUCACCCCUCCAUCCCGUGCUGAAGAACAGAAAAACUCCCAGCCCGGGGUGCUGGGGAGGGGAAAUGGUGCUGAGCAAAGGGAGAUUUGGGAUUUUGGGGGCACUUGAGAGUGCCCAAUGCCCCAAACCAGUGCUGGGCGGUGGAGAGAUGCUGCGGUGGACCGUUGCCUCAGUGUCACUGCUGGAGGGGCUGGGCAGAGGGGACAGCAGCGCUCAUCCUUCUUGUUAGCGACACAAAAAGCCUUUUUGUUCCUCCCGGCUGGGCUCCAGCGAAGGAAAAAAACCUCAAUUAACACAAUGGAUGGGAAAAGAGGCUGGCUGGCAUUUAGUGCUGCAGAUUUUCAGAGGCCGUCAUUCUUCAGCACGGUCUGUUAUGCACUGCUGCGGCAGUGAUGGGCGUCAGUCCAGCUCCAGAUCUCCAGGAGCUGAGGGGCUCUGCCGGCAGCACCUCCUUGGCUUGGGGGAGCCCACAGAGCUGUGGGUUCUUCCUUCUGCUGUACAGAUCCACAGGCAGCGCUGUGCGUUGUGGCCGUGGCAGCGGGGGCUCAGGGGUGCAGCCUGGGGUGAGCACAGGAGUGGAUGGAGCGCGAUCAGCGCCGCACACAGCCCUGAGCUGAACCCCACGUGGAGCAUCUGGUGCUGGGUUGUGUGGAACCUGAACUGGACAAAAGCUGAAUCCCUGACUCAGCGAAGCUUACAGUGCAGCACCUCAGGCUCCGUGCUGGGUCCCACGCUCAUUUUUCUGCUUGUUUCUAAGCUUUCCUUACGUCAUCGCCCUGAAGCUGGUUGGUUUUUCCUCAAGCCGCGAAUGAUUUUCUGCUCUCCCUACAAAACACCGACACGUGCCUUGCAGAACCCAGGGUUGCUCUGCAUCCCAGUCAGAGGCCCCACUCCUUCCCACACCUGAGUGUGCCAUGAGCCAGCCCCUUGCUAUGGAGGAACUCUGCACAUGUGGCCAGGGGAGGACGUGUGUAAGUGCCAGAUCCCGAGCUAAUUGGGGUCCCAGGGGAGAAGUGGAAGGGGAAAACCGGCAGGAAGGGAGUGAGCGUGCGUGUCAUGGGGAGAACGCGGUGACUCAGGAGAUGCACACAUCCACCCAAGGAGCUCAAUUAACAGCUUUUUUAAUAGUGAUGAUUAUGGGAGUUGACUCAGCACUCAAAAACACUUUGAAGCUGAGAAGCACUGUGCUUCACACCUGUUAUUAAAAUGUGUUCCCGCUUAGUGGACCCUGCAGUCAGCAUCUGCCGAUGCGCAGUGCCCUGGAGGGGAAGUUUUGGGCAGAUGGGCUCCCACCGGGGGAAGGGCUCGUCAUUAUCCAGAUCAAACACGUCUACUUUGCGAGUCAGCAUUGCUCCUUCCUUGUUUUUAGUGCCUCUGGCAGACAUGCAUGGGACAAAGGGACCUAAGGAUAUAAUUCUGCACUAUAAGUUUUGCUUCUAGCCAGUGGAAAUGUCCAGAGAAAGCUGGGUUUGGUGCUCUUUCCCCUCGUUUAUUCUCAGAGGCAAUGAAAGGAUGAGCAAAGUAAACCUUCAGAUGUGAAUCCCCCAGGAGCUUUCUGGCUUUGCUCUUUGCCACCAGGCGGACGUGAGAGGUACAUCAUGGUGAAGCAUCCAUGCAGCUUGCCUUGGGCAUCAAAGCUGAUCCAUCUGAGCCCACUGCCGAGUGCCCAUCCGAAUCACAGAUCCCCAUACGUGCCCGGCCCCUCUCGUGCCCUUGGACCCCACCACCAUCCCCAGCAGUUCCAGUUUCGCUGGCUCUUUAAUCCAGCCACAUCAAUAAUUUACUCCUCUCUUGCAAAUCAUCAAAUAUUUAUCCUGCCCAUGAAUUUCCCAGCCUGGACAUGUCACUACAGGGGUGGGAGGGAGGACUGGGGAGUUACCGCUCCUGGGAGCUCGGUGUUGCUGCAGGACCUCUCCUGGUGCCUUGAUGGCUCCCUCAGCCCCACAGCCUCCCCAUCCUCCUCCUCUCAGCCCCCUCAUCUUUGCAGCCUUUUUCUGCUUCUUUGAGAGAUGUCUAAAGCUCUGAAUACAUAAAUCCUGUAGGGUUUGUGGGGCUCAGUUCCCUUACACAGUUCUGAGCCUUUUGACCAGCUGCUGCUUAACGGGGACCUCGUGGUGAAGGGACAAUGCUGGGUUCCUGCGGAGCCCGUGGGGAAGGGCGGAGGGGAGUGGGGCAGGAGCUGCAUGGAGCCAUGCAGCCUUCAUAGAAAGCUUUGCCUUAUCCAUGCUCGUGAAGGAGGCUGCUCUGUUGACAGAUACUGCUGGCUGCAUAUCGUUAGCACACACGCUCGAGUGAAAGCUGGUGCCAGCAGUGGUAUGAGCCAUCUCUCAUUUCAGCUGAUCAUAGAUACAGGGGAAGGGCAGAAGGAUGAAAGUCUCCCAAGUCAUUUGUGUUUGUCCCAUCAAGGGAGGCAGGAGGUGUGGGCAAGUUGUGCCCCAGCAGCACAGCUGGGACAGGGCACGAUGUGGGAAGAGACAUUCAUGGCAUUAAUCACGUGUCCAACUCUUGAGGAGUGCAGAAACUUUAUCUGCACUUUCUCUGAAACUGGAUUCUUAGGAUGUGCUCAUACCAACGUGCAAUCGAAACCAUGUGUGGUACGGCAACCCCCUCAGAACCCCAACCUCAAGGCGGUGCCACAGCCUUGCCCUCGUCCCCUCCUGAAGUCGUGCCCUCUGCUGCUCUAGGUUCCCCUGGCACGGAUAGCAAAGAGGUGCAAAGGUGCAGCGCGGCGUUCGGAGCCUGUGCUGAGGAUGUGGUGGCCCUUUUGUGGUGGCGUUCCUACUGUGGUGGGAUGACGUGGAGUCCCAUUUAAGUUGCGGUGUGUGGAGGAGCAUUUUGGGAUGUCUCUGUGCAAUCUGAAUGAAGAUUUGAAGAUGGCAUCUGAAUAACUCCUAGUGGUAUGUUUGAGGUUGGAAACUCUGAGCUGGAAUCAGCCUUUCAUCUCAGUUCUGGGCUAAUCAGAACCUGGCCUGUCUUGCUUCAAAAACUGGUUUGACACAGGAACAUGAAUGUCCUGAGAGCUAAAUUCAAGUCAUGGGAAUUACUGUACGUCUGUCUGCCAGGCACAUGAUUCCAUGGCCUCGCAUGCCCCAUCAAAAGACUUAAAACCAGGCUGUGGGAGAUGAGAAAAAGAUUCUCAUCUGCUUCGCCCUGCAUGCCUUCAGUAUCUCAUUCUUUAGGACAUCUCUCAGCAGUCUGUCAGUCGAGGCAGCGUGCUAACCACUUCUUUUCCUUGCUGUCUAGGGGGGAUCCAGACAAAUGCGACAUCUGGGGGAACACACCUCUUCACCUGGCGGCAGCCAACGGCCACCUGAACUGCCUUUCCUUCCUCAUCUCUUUUGGGGCCAACAUCUGGUGCCUGGACAACGACUACCACACCCCGCUGGACAUGGCAGCCAUGAAGGGGCACAUGGAGUGCGUACGCUACCUGGACUCCAUCGCUGCCAAGCAGAGCAGCCUCAACCCCAAGCUGGUGAGCAAGCUGAAGGACAAGGCGUUCCGGGACGCCGAGCGGAGGAUCAAGGACUGUGUGAAGCUGCAGAAGAAGCACCACGAAAGGAUGGAGAAAAGGUACAGAAAGGAAAUGUUGGAUAAUUCAGACACCAUGAGCUUCUCCAGCUAUUCGAGUAGCACCUUAAGCAAGAAGUUCCAACACAUGUCCAUGGUGACCUCUCUGCCAUACUCACAAGCCACCAUCCACGGCACAGCCAAGGGAAAGACGAAAAUACAAAAGAAGCUGGAGAAGAAGAAGCAGGUGGACGGGACGUUCAAAAUCUACGAGGACGGGAGGAAAAGCGUGCGGUCCCUGUCCGGCCUGCAGCUGGGGAACGACGUCAUGUUUGUGAAGCAGGGCACGUACGCCAGCCCCAAGGAGUGGACUCGGCGGAAUAUCCGGGACAUGUUCCUCACUGACGAGGACACCGUCUCCCGUGCCAUAAGCGACCCGGGCCUGCACAUGGACUCGGCCCACUCAGAAGUCAGCACCGACUCUGGCCACGAGUCCUUGUUCAACCGCCCCGGGUUGGGCACCAUGGUGUUCCGGCGCAACUACGUCAGCAGCGGGCUCUUCGGGAUCGGCCGCGAGGACGCCGGCGUGCUGGGGGAGGGCGGCGCGGACGGGGUAGGUGUCAAACUGCGCGGCCGCCUGCAGCGCUCGCCAAGUCUCAACGACAGCAUUGGCAGUGCCAACAGCCUGCAGGAGAGGAACGCGGAGGAGCUGCCCUGGGACGAGGUGGAGCUGGGCCUCGACGACGACGACGAGCCAGACACCAGCCCCCUGGAGACCUUCCUGGCUUCCCUGCACAUGUUUGAGUUCAUCUCUAUCUUGAAGAAGGAAAAGAUCGACUUGGAGGCCCUCAUGCUAUGUUCGGACAAUGACCUGAAGAGUAUCAACAUCCCUCUGGGCCCCAGGAAAAAGAUUGUGGAUGCCAUCCAGAGGAGACGGCAGACUCUGGAGAGGCCAGACGUUAUUGUUGACACUGAACUGUAAGUAGGAGAUGGGGCCACUGAGCGAUUAAACCUUUCGGCGGGUGGAGAUUUGGAUAAUGUAAGGUCUGCUUUUCAACUCACUUGGAAAAGCAGGAGUCCAGGUAACCUCAGUGCUUCUGUGUGUGAGCAAAUUCCUGCUUGUGUGGAAAUGAUGAGAGUUCAGAGAGGUGGCAAUAGCAUUAGUUCAUUACUCAACAGCCCUUGUGGCUGGGCAGGAUGUGAAGUCCUUGCUUUGUUUCAUAACCUUUAUGAAUGCAGGCUGCUCUGUGGUCUGAUUCUUCUGAGUCCCCUAGCUAGGAUUUCCAACCACACUCACGCUUGCCUUGACUCUUCAUCUUUUGAAAGAAGUAAUGAUGGCUCCCGGUGGGAGCCGGCUGAGCGCACUGCCCAGUGCCAUUGGCAGUCCUUCCCCAGGAGCUUCAGAUCUUCAGAGAUCUUUGGAGAUUGCGUUAUCUGGGUUGGAGCUGUUACUUUAUGGCCUUUCCAGAGUUUGUUUGGCUUGGUUUGAAGGCCUGCAUGCUUGCCAUUGAGGUGAACUGAAGUUACUAGCAUGUGUCCCCGCUGCCACGUCUGCUGACACCCCAACCACUGUGCUCCUUUUGCUUCCCAUCCUUCACAAAUCUGUGUGUUUCUUCCUCGUUUUUCUGGCUUCCAGCACAGCUCAGUCUUGGACCUGCAGGGUGCUGACAGGCUUUUCUCUUUCCUUUUGCAGAUAGCAGCAGCAGCAUUUUACUGGUUGUUUUUUUUUUUUUUUUUAAUGAAACAAACCCAGUUCUAAGUUGCCAGAAAUCACAAGCCAGAGACUCUCUUCCUGGGGCAGCUGAAAGCUGCAGCCGUCCCUGUCCACCCCUGUGCCCUGCCCUCCUGCUCCCCCAUUCUGCUCCAUCCGUGAGAUGCUCCCAGCGGUACCCGAUGGAGGACGGCUGCUGGGAUGGAACCAGGCAGCUGCCACCCCCUCUCGCUCACCAGAGGAAUGCGUGUGGGCCUGAGAGCACAUGAAGCCAUGAAAGGAAGGAGCAGUGUGAUGGUAUUUUCCAAGGGACCCAAAAUAAACAAUCACAUCUGUUCCUUCUUGAGCAAGUGGUUGAUUUGGGGCACUGGGUAGAGGAGCGGGGAGCUGUGGAGCUGUGUCUCCUGGUCCUCUGUCGCUUCGGUCCGUUGUUUGAUGCUGUGGUUUGGAAGGAAGUUUUGGUUACGCUGGUUUGGGGCUGUUCAGCUUGAGACUUGCCAGCCCUGCUUUCUGCCAGUGGAGCUCAGCGUGUCUGUGAGACUGACCUGUGCUGUGGGAAGCGUGAUGAUCUGAAAUGAAGAUGCUGUUUUGUUGGGUUGUUGCCUGUUGCAACACGGACAAUGUGUCUGUCCCGUCCUUGCAGGACAGGAGCUGAGCCUGGAAUUUCACCCAGAACUUCCCAGGCCUGGGGGCAGCACCUAUGGGCAUCACAGCUGGGUGCAGUGGGGCCCGGUCCGAGCAUCCCGGCGCAUGGUGCUCAGCUCCCGGUGCCGCAGCUCCCGGUGCCGCAGCUCCCUCUGCUGGGUCCGACCCGGGAAGCGCGAUGGGCCGCGCCGCGGAGGCGCGGAGUGGCUGCUGUUGUCAGGCUGUAGGAACACAAAGAUCCGCUCUCCCGACCUGGCUCUGCUCCAGAGAGCUGCUGGGAAGGCUGAGCUGAAGAGCGAUGUGCCGCCGAGAGCCGCGGGACAGACAGGUCCCAGGAAGCCCCGGGGUUUGCCGUGCUCAGAGACCAACGUGGUCACCUCCACAACUGCAGAGACGGACCAAACCUGAGCGCUGACACGGAUGCUCUCUGAGCUCUGCUGUGGUGUUUGGCCGUAGCUUCUCUAUUUCCCACUGUGUCAUUUCCCACAGCCCUGCAGGGCAGGAUGCUCCAUGUCCCCCGUCCUGCAGCAGGCGGCUCACCCUGGGUUGCUGCAUCCCGCAAGGCUGGGGAUGGAGCUGAGCUUUGCUCAUCCCUGGGAUGCGGGGACGUGGCUGUCCCCCAUCCCACGGCACAGCCAGGCCCUGGCAGGUAAAUCCCACCGCUACAAACUGCAUCUCCUCUGCGACCAAGAUCAACAAGCUCCUUUUGGAGUGGGUUCUUGUGAAAGCAGGGUGGAGGCCAGGGCUGGCACACCCUGGAGAACACCCUUCCAUACCCUCCCAAACAGAAACCCAGGCAGCAGGCGGGUUGUCCUGGCCCCAUGCUGCCUGCAAGCAAACACCAGCCACCGCUGGGGUGACCAGACCCAGCCAGGAACCGUGAAUCCAAAUCCCUUUACGCCCUAAGUCCUAAACGCCAGCCCUCCUUGCGCUGCUCUCCAUGCUGAAUCAGCAAAGACAAAUCCCUGUGUUUGGGCAUGUGUUUCCCUACCCCAGUGGUGCAGAAGAUGCAGCAUCCCUAAUUCCCAGGUACCACAGUGGAAGCCAGGAGAGGCCGUGGGACACCAAGUGGGUCCCACAGCUGGCGGUGACCCCUGCAGGCCGGGCAGCAGCAGCACUCAGCCCACAGCCCUGUGUUGUGCUCCGCACCAGGAGCCGGUGACCGACAGCAGUGCCAGGCAGAGGGCGGCCCUGGGGUCAGUGACCUGCCAGGCCAGCGUGCACCAUUGCACACCAUUUGCUUAACAAUUUCCUGCCCAUCCUGCUGGGAAUUCACUUCCUGGCUGGACAGCUGAGUAACAUGGUGUGCAGACGGGAGGGGACGGCCGGGAUGGAGGGGGGGUCAACACAGAGCACCCUCUGCACACGGCUUUGCUCCCAUCAGAGCACAGGGCUGGAUGUGGCCCCAAAUGCCACCCCUCUUGCUGGGGCUGUGUUUGGCCCUGCAGGUUCUGGGGAUGCACCUGUGAGCAUGAACACAGUAAAUUAUUUUCUAGGUCUGCUUCACACAGUUUGUAAAUGCUAACAUGGGUUCUCCCUCUGAGUGAGCUCCCCAGUAGUGCUGUUCCCAGAUUGCUCUGGAGGAGCGCUGAGGAAUGGCAUGGAACAUCCUGGGGGAGUGGGGGCACAGCACUGGUGCAGAGCAAUGUCUGCAUCCCAGCACCUCACCUCAUGGCCAGAGCAGGGCUGACAGCACUGGUCGUAGGUGGGUGCAGCCUGAACUUCCUGCCUUGCAGCGGAGAGCAUGGGAACCCAGCUGUAAGCACAUGCCUGAUCUGAGACUUUCAGCUUUGCUGUGGUAAUGGCAGCACAUGUUUGCUCCGCAGCUGUGGAGAUGUGGUUGUGAUCCCUUUGCUCAGUCCCCAUGGUGGUGGCACACAGCUGUUUCUGCAGAAGCAUACGAGGCUGGUGGGGAGUUGCAGGGAAUUCUUUAACAUUUUAAGAUGUACUUCAGCAGCAAUUAGAAACAAUUUUCCCCAGUGCAGCACACCAAGCUCCAACUUGCAUGCAUUGCCUGGUGCCAGCAGGAAGAGCAGAUCACCUCCCAGCUCUCCCUGUCCCCCACUGCAGUCCCUGGGACCCCUGCCCUGCUCAGGGACCCGCGCCCUGGAGGAGGUGUAAGGACGGGUCGGGCCAGGUUCAGCGCCCCUUUGCUUCCAUCCCUUUGUCUCACUGGGGCUUGCCUGGCCUGGCCGCAUUGCAGCCAAACCCGCUGUGUCUGUGGGGUGCUGCCCCAGCCAGCUCAGGCUGUAUUUUGGGAAUGCUGCCUAUGUGUGUCCCCAUCCCGGUGCACACGGGUGGCAGGCGCAGGAGGGAAAUGCAGAGGAGAGUGGGGCAAAAACCCUGAAUGGGGCAGAGGAAGGAUCCUGGCUCCUAUCCUAAGUACUGUGUUCAGCCUUUUCCAGAUGACCCCAAUCCUUGCCCCACUCCCAGUCCCCAGCCCUGGCACCAAGAGCUCAGGCAGCCCCACAGCCUUAUUGCAGCCCAGCCCCGUGGCAUGGAGGUUGGUCCUCCAGAACCCACCUCCCCACAGCGGGGGUCUCCAAGCACAAAGAAUCUUUACAAAUCUGGAAGAUUUACAAAUCUGAAGAGCCGCAGCAAAGACACCCAGAUGGGGACACGCACGAGGCGACCGCUCACUGUCUGAGCCGCUACGUCCAGCCCCAUCCCAGCUCAAUAACAGAGCUGACGAGAGCCGCUGUCAACAAGUCCACAGCUCCCAACCUGCGCAGGGAAGGGCGAAUGAAAGCGCCGUGCUCGAGGGACGGAGGAGGAGAAACCUGU